AUGGACGCGGUCGCGGACGCGCAAAAGGCAAUCGACCUCGACCCCAACUACGGCAAGGCAUGGUCGCGGCUUGCCACCGCGGAAGAUCUCCUCCACCACCCCCUCGCCAGCGUCCCCGCCUGGCGGCGCGCCCUCGAGUGCCUGCCGACCACCAACCUCACGCCCACGCAGGAGAAACAGAAAGUAGAAUGGAGCAAAGGGCUGCACGCGGCAGAAGCAGCGCUGGCGAAACCGGUGGAUGUUACGGCCAACGGGGCGCGCGACAUCACGAACGAGCGCGAUGAGAUGCCGUGGGUCGUCGCGGAGAAGAUCUUGGGAGAGAUGCAGCGCGCGGGGAGCGGGACGUGGAGGUCGAGUGCCUGGCUGGUCAACCUAGCGCAUGUGCAAUUCAAGAUGGGCUCCGAUGAGCUGAAGCAGCAGACGCAGACUCGCGAUCCGAAGUCCGGGCAGAUGCUCCUCGGCACGAAAGGCGGGAUCCUAGAGCUGCUCACGAACGCGAUUACCACCGAUCCGCGUGUCGUCGCAUUGGAUCAGGAAUGGCUGCAGCGGAGUCAGAUGCAGUUACAAUGGGAGGUACAGAUGUCGGAGGCGUGGCCGAAUGCGGGCCCUGAUGAGCUCAUGCGCGAGUUCCCUGCGCGCCUCUCUCAGGUGGGCUGGCAGCGUGCGCGGCUCGCGUUCUCCACCACCGUCAGGAGGUGGAUCCUCAACGCAUGCCUUGACUCGGGUUUGCGAGGCAAAUACGACAACGCGCGCUUGUGGCUUUCGAAUGCCGUCCAGGUCCUGGUCUGGGGCAGCGAAACAUACAAGAGCGUCCCCGCUAGCGACAAAGGACCUGUCUUCGACCCCACGUUCAUUCUGGGCGUUAGGAGAUACCUGCUCGACGUGCUGAAAGCGGCGUAUUCGCAGAGCCAGGAUCAGAAGGUUCUUGAAGAGAUAUACGAUGCGGCGCAAGAGACAAUGAAAGAGGUCGAGAAGCUUCCUCCAGUCGCUAACUCAGUCCCCGACCCAGCAUUCCACCUGGCCUUCAAUGUGUAUCCGAAAGCUGAGGCAACAGCAGCACUUGGUUUCUACCACUCCGCUCUCGCCAAUCUGCAAGACACAUCGCCCCAAGACGCCGCAGACCACCUCACCAAAGCCGCCUCGUCCUACAUCGACGCGGCCGAGACCCUGCCCGACGACGAUGAGCUGCACCCGCUAUACACCGCCACCGCCUUCGACCAGAUGCGCCCAUUCCCGGUCCCAGUGCGCACAGCCCUCACGUUGCUCACGAGCAUCAAGCAGAGCGUGCCGCGUGCGGAGCGUAUCUGGAAGGCAUCGAGUACGUGGAAGGGAGGUGUGGGGCAGCGCUUUGCGAAGCUGCUGGAGGCGGAGCGGGAAUUGCGACAAGGGCUCGACGCGGGGAAGUGGACGAUGGACACGUCCGUCGAGGAGACGGGGGUGAAAAUUUCGUGA